AUGGCGAAGGAGCAAGACCAGCCAGAGGUGCUGCCGGACAGGAAAAGGGUGACGACCAGGAGCUACCUGCCCCUCAUGCCAGUCGACACAGACAGCGGCAGCAACUACACUUGCGUGGCCAGCAACCCGGCAGUGCCCAUGGGCAAACGAGCCACCGUCGCCCUUAACGUCCACCAUCCGCCCACAGUGACGCUGUCCAUCGAGCCUCGCUCUGUCCUGGAGGGGGAGAGAGUCACCUUCACCUGCCAGGCCACCGCCAACCCUCCCAUCAUGGGCUUCAGAUGGGCUAAAGGUGGCGUGCUGCUGGAGGGGGCCCGGGAGAGCGUGUUUGUCACCACGGCUGAUCACUCGUUCUUCACGGAGCCCGUGUCCUGUCAGGUGUUCAACGCCGUGGGAAACACCAACGUCAGCAUCCUGGUGGACGUGCACUUUGGCCCGAUCCUGGUGGUGGAGCCCCGGCCAGUGACCGUGGACGUGGACUCUGCCGUGACUCUGAACUGUAAGUGGUCUGGAAACCCUCCUCUCACCCUCACCUGGACCAAGAAGGGAUCCAGCAUGGUGCUCAGCAACAACAACCAGCUGAAUCUGAAGUCCGUGAGCCAGACGGACGCAGGUCAAUAUGUCUGCAAGGCCAUCGUGCCGCGGAUCGGAGUGGGAGAGACUGAGGUGACGCUCACUGUCAACGGUCCCCCCAUCAUCUCCAGUGAUCCGGUGCAGUACGCUGUCAGAGGCAAGAGAGGAGAGAUCAAGUGCUACAUCGCCAGCACCCCACCGCCCGAUAAGAUCGUCUGGGCGUGGAAGGAGAACGUGUGGGAGAAGGAGAAGGGCACCCUGAUGGAGCGGUACACGGUGGAGCAGAGUAAACCUCCGUCGCAGGGCGGCGCUGUUCUCUCCACGCUCACCAUAAACAACGUCAUGGAGUCGGACUUCCACUCGCCGUACAACUGCACCGCCUGGAACUCGUUCGGACCCGGGACCAUGAUCAUCACCCUGGAGGAGAGGGAUAUUGUUCCAGUGGGAAUUAUCGCCGGUGGUUCUGUGCUCUUCUCCAUUCUGCUGCUUGUGUUUCUACUGGCACUCGCCUUCUUCCUCUACCGCCAACGCAAAGGCAGUCGCCGGGGUGUCACCCUGGGUAAACCAGACAUCAAGGUGGAGACAGUCAACAAAGAGACCCACAGCCUGGAGGAGGAGGCGGCCAACGUCUCCACAGCAACCCGGAUGGUCAAGGCCAUGUACUCCCCGUUCAAAGACGACAUGGACCUGAAGCAGGAAGUCCGCAGCGAGAGCGACACCCGGGAGGAGUACGAGCUCAAGGAUCCAACCAACGGCUACUACAACGUCCGAGCCACCACCCACGACGAGGCGCGCCCCCAGUCCCGUGCCAUCCACUACCAGGGAGAGUUCCGACCCCCGAACCCAAACAGUGGGCCGGCCGGUGCCUCGCCCAGCGGACCCUCGGCCGCCCCCAGCGGUGCAGUUCCCCCCAGCGCAGUGCCAGGCUCACGGACAGGCUGCUAUGACCCCCGCCCGCCUUCCAGGAUGUCCCAUGCCUCCUACGCCCAGUUCAACACGUUCUCAAGGGCGCCGCCGAGCCAGCAGGUACCUCCCAAUCCGGCUCUUCAAUCGCCUGGAGAUUACCCGGGAGACUGCGGCCUGCUGGACAGCACAACCCAGCUGGCCUAUGACAACUACGGAUACCCCUCCCAGUAUCCCAGCUACCGCAUGGGCUUUGCUCCGCCCAUAGAGGAAGGGCCAGCCUAUGAGAUGUAUCCAACAGGACAAGGGACCGGGCCAGGACCAGGACCAGGACCAGGACCAGGGCCAGGGCCAGGGCCAGGACCGGGACAACAAAGUCCUGAAACAGGGCUGGGGAAUUACGGAAGCUCCACUCGCUUCUCGUACUCGUCUCCACCCUCUGACUAUUCGCACAGACACACACAGCGGAUGCAGACUCAUGUGUGAGAACACACACACACACACACACACACACACACACACACACACUUUUGACUCGCUUCUUGCAUCAGCAGCACUUAUAACACAUGAAUCACAUGUUUCCAAACAUUCAAGAAUCCGGUGCAUGGGAUCUGGUAAAUUUUCGGACCCUAAAACAACACGACAGUCCGCAGCAGUUAGCAGCAUCGCAUACACUGUAGGUAGCAGCAAUACGUACAACAACACGCGCAGAGCGACAGUCACACACAUCUGCGCAGACCCUCUGUUGCAUGCUUCGUCCCGAGCAACAGACACAAUCAUGAGAAAAGAGAGAGGAAGAGAGGAGCGAGCACUUUGAGGACUGAAGCAGCAUAAAAAUAAAAAUCCCUUCCUGCGAUCCUCCGUUUUGCUCUUCGACCGUGUCCCUGCAUCACCUCCGACCACGUCUCUGUAAAUAAGUUCAACUUCGGAUUCGGAUCGUUUUAAAGCCGUCACCUUGUACAAGCCUAAAACAGUGGGAUGCAGCAAAACCUCCCUGUAAUCCACACGUUUUGCAUUUUCUGACUUUUGCAAAACACACACACACACACACACACACACACACACACACACUUUUGUUUCUAUAUAUUGCAGCAACGGGGCAGCUUGGACUAUAACCACAUCUGGCACUUUGUGAUCCUCUUUCCUCACUAAAACCUACCCAGUGGCCAUUUUUGUACAAGAUCUACCUUGAUUUAAUUGGGACAAAGCUUCCUAAGGUGGUACAGUGAGCGACCAGAGUGCCGAUGCUUAUGUGCCAACACACACAAACUUCUGUCGAGGUGUGUCUUCUUUUUCUAAAGCGCGCAACGAGAUGCUCCGGACGCCGAGGUUUUGUAGACGCCACAUCGGAGAGGAGAGGAGAGGAGAGGUAGCAAGCGUCUCUGUAAACUCCUUCUCCUCCUCAUCUCUCAUUUUUAUCAUCAUGAUUCAUUUCUCUAUACUUCACAUUUCACUCAAGGUCGAUGCCGUUAACUGUAUUUGUGAAGCGAAGUGUGGCAGGAGUGCUUUUUUUUUUUUCAUUCGGUGAAUCUCAGCAUUUUGUACAGAAAAGAUACCUCCCCUGUCCUCAAGUGUCAAAACGUAUUUGUUUCUCUCACUUGCACAGUAGAUUAGAUUUUUUUUUUUCCAUAUUUAUACCAGAAACGCUUAUGGAAAAAAAAUGGCAUUACAUUUUAUAGUAUUUUUAUAAGGAGUUGUGGACCAAAGGUUCAGAGUAUUGGGUGACACUCGCUUUUUAACGUGUAAGUGGCAACGUGAUCGUUCCUGGAAACGUUUUGAGUUUCUUUAAAAAGAGAUGGAUGGUAUUUUUCAAGCGGAUGUUGUAGACUUAAAUUAGAAAAAAAAAAAUUAAGAGAUUGAUUCCAAAAACGGUGAAUGUCCGACCGAUGGGAGGAAACCUCUUUGGCGGAUUUCUCUGUUUGGUGUGAAACUCUUCCUUCGACCUCCGGUCUUGUGACUGGACUGCCUUUUUAUAAACGUCGACGACAUUCAAAGCGAUGGAUGGAGAACAAGCUGCUGCUCACUUUGAGCUGUGCUGCAAACUUUGUAAGCAAUGAGAGGGUUCACGUGCAGUUUAACAUAUCAAACUGAAGGUACAGAGGCUUCUAGAGCUCCGAUGGUACUUUGUACAUUUAUCUGUAAGUACGCUGGUUUCCUCACUGCAACAGAAACUUUGGUAUUUUACGUCUGAGCGCUUUUCCAUUUUGUUGUGUCAGCUUCGGUGUGUGUGUGUGACUGGCUUUUGACCACACAGGUCGUGAGGAUCUGUGUUUAAACUAUAGCUUUUUUUGUGCUCUAACGUCAACUGAUGCAGCGAUUAAACAAAUCCAGCAAUCGAGUAUUUCUCCACGGCGCCAUUACCCAAAUGGUUCCCGUUAAAGGUGGAAAUCACAUCGGUCUGCUUUGUCUUUAAACGCACAAGAAGGACAAAAGAAGUGCGUCGCUUUGCUUGCUUUUCCAUUAAUGAAUUAAAUCUCAGUCUGAGCAGUUCACAAAAGGCUUUUAAAGGCUGAACAAUGUGGAUUAUUAUCUGAGCAGCGAAGGGUUUUUUUUGGCCGAUGUCAAACAUAUAAUUAAGUAAGAAUCGCUGAAAACGAAGCCUUAUUUUAAAACAACGGCGUGUUAUAAUUUCCUGAAUCUGGUUUUCAGACAUUUAUUUUUAAUUUUGGCCUGAUUCAUGUGAAAUUCUGGAUUUCCCUUCUGCAAGAAAUGAUGUGACUUCCUCUAACUUGGUAAUAAUUUUACUUGCCACGAGAAUUCUGCGCUGAAAAACACUCAUUCAAGGCAGCAACUGGUUUCAAAGCAAGAUCAGAGGUAAACAGUUGGCACCACAGGAUGUUGAAGUGAUGCUGAGCUCUGUUACUGAGAUUAAAUACAACAUCUUUCACUUAAACUUCUUUUGGCAUUUCACCCUUCUCCUGAGGGCACGUCCGCUUUAUCCCAAAGACAAAGUGGAGGAGUGAAUCCCACACAGACUCACCCACAUGUAUCUGCGCCGGGUUUUUUUGAGCAUUUAAAAAAUGAUGGAUGGCGCUUUACAAAAAAGAUCAGAGGCCACAAAGGUGAAGCCAGAAAUCUCUGCACCUCCAUCAGCGAAUCAUUGAGUCUUAAUACUUAGAAGCCGCCCUAUCAAACCGUCACAGAUACAGUAUAUUAUGGUAAUUGUCUGCAAAAGGGCAGUAAAAUUCAUAUUUAUUGCCCCUAUUUUGAAUAAACACUCUGAGAAAGGAAACCACCGCCGCAUCAUCUCUGAUUAGAAUAUCAGAUACAACCUUGUAGCUUCAAGGUCACGAUAUAAAACCACGACUGCAGUUAUGGAGAGAAGAAUGGCAGAUGGAGCACCCUUUUAAAUUUAUAUGGUUAUCACAGCCUUGGUACUGCAUACUAUUACCUCUUUACAACCUUUUUACAGAGUUGUAGCGGUGCCGUAGCCUAUUUUGCAUCCGACUCACAAUGUCGUUAUGACCUUGUGUGGAAAAAGAGUUUGACACCGAGGAGACACCGAGGCCUGCAGAUACACGACCGGGUCAAGCAGGUUCCUCGUCAUUACCUUUUAACUCUUCAUGGUCGAUGCGGAAAUAUGAAUCUACGAAAUACACCGUGGAUGCCAAAAGUGCUAAAUGGAUGUUUUGAUUUGGUUCUGUGGUUUGGACGGGACUGUAGACGUGUCGUUUCCUCCUCUUCCUCACAUGUACCUCUCUCGGCUCUCUCCUGCGUCGCGUUAAUCGCCACCUACCUGCUUCCAAAUUUAGAGGUUAAACCUCUGAAAAGAAUCACAGCAAACCGUCUCCGGCUGCUUUCCUUCCAAAUCUUCUCUAAGAGCAAUCCAGCUUGUAUAAACGUGUGUAUGUUUUUUUGUUUUUUUGGAGGGGGGGGGGGGGCAUAUAGAGUUUAUAUAGUCUCACGAACUCAUAACAUCCAUCCUCCGUAUUCAUUAUUUCACGAUCUCCUCUCUUUCUAUGGAAAUCUGUAUUUGAAAACGUAUUUUCUCGGUAUCACUUCGUGGUGUUUCAUCACCAGUGGAGGAGAUGACCGUGGGGUGUUAAACUUUUAUACACAGUAUUUUAUUUGAUCUUGCAAGCGUCGAAUGGGGGGGGCGGAAAAAAGCGCGAGAGAGAGAGAGAGAGAGAGAGAGCGUGGAAGUGUGCAUCUGUGGCCGAGAUGACUUCUCAACCAGGCCACAACAAAAUAGCUCAUAUCCUGUCUCAACUAGGCCAACCCAGACUCGAACCAGGCCAGACCCACAGCUAACUGCUCUGAUACAUGCUGUGCCGCGCUGUGCCGCGCUGUGCCGUCCCCCCGGCCAAGAGUGACUCGUGUGGCUCGGCGUCAAUUUUUACCUUUUGGAGUUUUUCGGUGCCAAAAGACUGUGCAAAGCAAAAGAAAAUGUACUGAGCAAACAAACAAAUGCAGCAGCCAUAUGUGUUUAUUGAGAGUGUGUGUGUGUGUGUGUGUGUGCGUGCGUGUGCGUGUGUGCGUCGUUUGUGUUUCCUCACAUGCUGUGUAUGCAUUCAUCCGUGAACAUGCAUGUGUGUUGUUGUACAUGUGUUGGCAGCAUGUAACCCCGGUGUGUUUCAUACCAUUAUUAAUAUGUUGGGACCACUGGUGUGUAGAAACUGGGGUUUGACUGAUCCGGCCAAAAUCGAAUCGAUCAACCAGUCGCCUGCUGGUAUGAUGGAGGAUCCUCCUGACCACUGUGGCAGAUAAAUAUUCUGAAACAGCGACAUCACAUUUCCUUUACGGGUUUAUGUUCGUUCAUUUAAUAGUUCAGUCAUCACUUUAGAGAUAUUACUAAUCCACAGGCCUCCGUCCUGUUAUUGAACAUGUCAUAGUUAUAAUGACCUUAAAGAUAUCAAACAUAUUCUUCAUUUAUUUAACAAUCUGUAAUUGUUCAUGUUGAUCUUAUUUCACAUAUUAGUCCCCAAGGAAACACAAAGAACUGAUGGUUUGCACAAAAUGAAAAUCGUCACAACGUCAGACUCAGAAAGGAUUUACAUUAUUACGUUCAUUUAAAUGUGCCACAGUAGAAAACGGUUAUUUUAUCAACAUGCAACAUAACAGAUAUCAAAUCUUCACUAAAUCCCCGAAACAUGACUAUCAGCAGUCGGGCAUCGGUCAAACCCUGGUGGAACGCAGCUGAUCAGAGUGAAGGAGACAUCUUGUGGCCUUAGGACAGGAGGAAGGAGCUGAAGCGGUCCGCUCGUCCCUCGUCCAGCUGCUGGGACAUGUCCGCUCGCUGAAGCAGCUGCUGGAGUGAACUCCGAGUUCUGCUCAGCAUCGAGACAAUGAUCAGUGAGGAGGAUUCAUGUUGCACUUAAAGACCGUGAGAAGAGGACGUGUGCAUGAAAGAGCGGGACGGUUUGUGUUCGUUCAAAUAAGCGUUUUGUUUUCGGGCUUUUCUCCGCGCUCCGGUUCUUUUUUGAAAUAUCCCUAUAUAUUGUUCACAUGUGUAUUAUUAUCAUACUUAGUUUGCGCACUUGUUUAUUCCUGGA